CAUGUAUGGACGCUAUGGCUCCUAUGAGUACAGUUUUAUUGUGGCAGGUGUUGUGCUUAUCUUAGGAUUCUUGUUUGGUACUGCUUCACUAUGGCUGAGAAGCUAUUCACAAAUGGCCGAUCUGAAAGCAAAUGAACUUAUCGUUGUUGACAACAAUCAUGUCUCAGAUCAGUUAACAGGCACCACAUGUAACCAUAGUCGUAAAUUAGAUAGAGACACCGCCGUUAAAAGUUUUCAUACAGAAAUAAUUCUUGAAGCUAAUGACACAUACAGUCCUGUAUCAACAACGGAAGGUGGUCCUUGUCGAAAGGACGAUAUGUGCAAUGGCAAUCAAUCUGGUGUAGAGAUGGAGAAGUUAUUAAAAACACAAGCACGAUACGUACAAUGGCAAACACUUAAACAUAGAGAUGGAUAGUUAUUAAAAAGCACGAUGAAGAUCCGUGCAGUGGAUAAAACUCAAGUGUAGAGAUGAAUAUGCUUGCAAUGAUAUGCACUCAAGUGUAGAGAAUGUGACAAUAGGGCUAACAUUUACAAAUACAACAUACUACGUUUUUUUCUGAAAUCGCAGAAGAAUUUUUGAUGUAGAUAAUGUGUAAGUACACGCCGAUUAUUCGGUAAUUAUUGAGCAUUUCAA